UUGGGAGGAAGAAGCAGAUUUCCAUUCAACGGAACUUGAUUUGAUAACAAGACUUCCAUUUCGACGAAAACUGAGCCAUUGAAAGGGUUAAAAUGAGCGAAAAAGACUGCGAUCCAAACCUUCCUUUCAUUCAGUACAUUGUGUUCGUUUUCCUGGAAACCCUGUCUGGACUUSUAGCCAUUGUUGGAAAUGCCAUCGUUCUGUAUUCCAUUGCCAGAAUCCCAAGCCUUCGUAGUAUAUCCAACAUGUACAUYGCUUCUCURGCCUUGGCAGACUUCAGCGUAGGACUAAUCAUGAGUCCGAUUUACAUAGCUUUAACUACCAUCAGAGAAUGGGUGAACACUUCUCAUCUUCUMUACAAGCUAGAAAACUUUCUUUGGAUUCAGACUUUACUUGCCACAACGCUGAGCUUGUGYGCUGUUAGUAUUGACAGGUACUUGGCUGUGACUGCAGUAUUUAGGUACAAACAGAUCRUUACAAAGACCAGGAGUAUCGUUAUAAUAGGAGUAGUAUGGUUUAUCUCAUUUAUCUUCGCCUCAGUCAGCUUCAUGAUAUCCUCUUUCGAAGAAACGUCUGCUUUAUGGGUGAGCUGUCUCAUCUUCACCGUGAUCGUUCCAGGAUUUGUUAUCGGGUACUGCUAUUAUCGCAUUUUCAAGGCUGCAAAAAGACAAAUCAAAAUGAUAAACCAUACGUCAAAUUCCAUCAACGCUGCAGAAACGCUGCGAAAUCGYAAAACAGCCGUAACCAUUGGCAUUGUCAUCGGRAUAUUUUUCAUCAUGUUUACRCCAAAUUUCGUCUUUUCAUGGGUUGAACUGACAACUAAAGAUCRAUGCAAGAAAAUGAUAAUCUAUAGAUACUGGUUAUGGGCCAUUUAUGUUGCGUUUGUCAAUUCCGCGUGCAAUCCAUGGAUUUAUGCAUUAMGGAUGAAYGAAUUUAAGAUGGCGUUUCGUCGUGUUUUGUUGAGAAAGAACACUGUGAGUCCAUCAUGA